AUGGAGGCCCCAAGGCCCUUUGCGCGGGAAUGGUGCGCCCAAUCACUUCCCCUGACGCGAGGAGGCCUCUUGAAGCUGCGGGUCUGGGAACUCUGGCUACUACUGCUGGAUUUCGGUUUGAACGCGGAACUUCCUCACGAAGAGGACGUACACUUUAUCAAUGAGUACGUGAACGUCCACAAUGAGCUCCGGGGCAACGUCCUCCCCCGAGGGUCUAACUUGCGCUUCAUGACUUGGGAUGUAGCUUUGUCACGGACUGCUAGAGCAUGGGGGAAAAAAUGUGUGCUUGAACAUAAUAAUCAUUUAGAAGAACUAAACAUGGCCCAUCCUAAAUUUAAUGGUAUUGGUGAAAAUAUAUGGGUCGGACCUGAAAAUGAAUUCACUGCAAGUAUUGCUAUCAGAAGUUGGUAUGAAGAGAGGAAAAAGUACCGUUUUGAAAAUGACAGUUGCUCUAGUGACUGUUCUAAUUAUAAACAGCUUGUUUGGGACACAUCUUACAAAGUCGGUUGUGCUGUUACUUCAUGUACAAGAGUUGGACGUAUUAGAUAUGCAGCGAUUUUCAUAUGCAACUAUGCACCAGGAGGAUCUCUGUCGAGAAGGCCUUAUAAACCAGGAAUAACUUGUGCUCGAUGUAGCAAAUAUGACAGAUGCACAGAUUUUCUAUGCAGUAAUGCAGAUCGUGACCAAUCCGUAUAUUACCGAUUCUGGUAUCCCAGAUGGGAAGUUCCCCGGCCAAUUGUGUGUGAUCCACUGUGCUUAUUUACUUUCUUUCUGAGAAUGCUAUGUUUUUCAAUAGGUAUCAUAGUUGUUUUGAUAAUACAGUCUCGAUUUCCAAAUAUAUUAUUGGAAGAAGAGAUGAUAUUUGCCCCUGAAGUAACCGAGGUAGAGCCAGAAAAGUUACAAGAAGAAGACAGGGAAAAGGCGGAGGAAGUGGAGGAAGAGGAAGGAGACAAAGAAAAGGAGGAGGAAGAGGAAGGGGGUGGAGAGGAGGAAGGGGAGAGAGGGGAUGAGGAAGAGGAGAGGGUGGAGGAGGAGGGCUUAGAUUUACCACCAUCAUAGGGCAAAUGUAUAAUACAAAAACUAAAGAAAUAAAAGCAAAAAAUAAAACACUGAGCUUUAACAAAAAAGAAUAGGUACAAACCGCUACUACAAUACCUUUUAGUCUCUUUUUCUUAUAUUUUUCAACAAAUGUAAAUUUGAAAAACAGAAACAAAUAAACAAAAAACAUGUUUUUUAUAGUAAGUAUUGUAAGGCAAGCUCUUGGACACUAAGAGUAGGUAAAGACGUGAUGACAGAAAUACUAAAAAAGAUUUGACCAGUCUAAUUAGUUUUAAGAUUUUACUGUGUUAUCCUUAAAAAGGAAGGAAUUCCCAUUUUCUAAAUAUGUUUACAUCUCUGUGUUUUAAAUAUUUCUUAAAUGGGUUAAUAAGUUUCUCAAGUAUUAAGGUGCUUAGGAUCAUUCCAACUCAAGAUAACCAUUUAAUAACCUUUGGUUUUGUUAUUUUUAUCAUUACUGUUAUAGUUGUUAUUUUUUUAUUUUAUUUGAAAUCAAUUAAUUACUGUUAUAGUUGUUAUUGAUAGUGGUGAUGAUGGUGGUGAUGAUAUUGACCAUGGGAUAUCAAGGCAUUGAAUAUCUUUAUGUAUAUUUGUAUUGUAUGUGUUUGAAAUAAUUUAAGUGGUACUUGUACAUGCUGUUAGGAGAUACAUUUUUAUGUCUACUUCAUGUUUAAUAUUUCAUUAAAGCCUUGUAAUUCCUUAUUAGGCUAUAUAAUUUCUUGCCACUAAGGGCAAAUAAAUGUCAAAAGUUUAAUUAUUUGUGAUUGAGCAAUUUGGCUGCUUCCAA